AUGCAUGUAGGAUAUGUCAUUGGGGUUUUGUUGAUCGAUGACUUAGUUUUGGCUAAUGAAAUCGAUGAUGAAGAAAUUGAUAGGGCCACACUCUGGAUCAAAGGGCGGCAGUCCAAGAAUGGCAAUUUCAAGGAUGAAGAGACAAAAAAAACUGCUGAAAAAAUAGAUGCCUUGAAGAAAAGGGUUGCUACUGGAGAACUAUCCAUCGAGGGAAGUGAUGAUAUCUUGACAUUGGCGUUGGGGACUCCUGAACACGGGGGAAGAGUGCGUGGAGUUGGAGGUCAAAUGAAUCCCUCUACUUACUUCAAUCUACCUAAACGCAGAAAGCAGAGCUUAGAAGCAACAGUUAGAGUUAGUGUGCAGAAAAUAAUGUUAGAGGAGAAAGAGAAGAUAGUAGAGGACGCAAGGGAGAAGAUAAUUGAGGAAGCAAAGGAAAAGAUUGUUGCAGAGGAACGAGCAUUUUGGGCGGUUAAGUUUGCAGAACUUGAAGCAAAGAUAAAUGCAACUCAAGAUGGAAACUGUGCUACUCCUCAGACACAUGUUUCUGGUCAAGGAAGUUGUUCACGCACAGCUGAUCAGAUUGCUCAUGAACAAGCAAAAGCUAGAUUGGAAGAAGAAGACGUUAACCGUGUGGAUGGAAAAGCAAUUCGGGGAGCUUUUGAUGUGAUUGAAAAAAGGGCCCUACAACGGAAAAAGAAGGGUACAAAGGUGGUGAAGGGAGUUCCUUUGGAAGUAGCACCAUGCUCCAAGGUACGUAGUGAGUUGACAAACAUAGUUGAAAAUGUAGAUGUCGACUCUACAUUGGCUAAGGAUGUGAAAGAGACUAGGGAACAAAAUUCUAUACCAAAUGAUAUUAAGGAGCCGCAUGAUGAGGAGGAGGAAGAAUACGUGGAUUUGACAUUGUCACCAGGAGAUGAGCUUGGUUGCCAGUUGGCAUUAGGUUAUGUUGAAAAUAUUGUUGCUUAUGCCACUGUAAUGGAGUGCGAUGAUCCCUCCCAAACAAUUCAUGGUGCUCCACUAGGGGAUGGUAAUAAGCGUGUUUCCAUCUAUACUGCGCUUGAUGAGAAACCAAAGGUACCAUUUCCUGUUAAAGAUGAAAUUGAAACUGUUAAGCAGGCUAUGGGGAGUUGGGUAGCAUGGCCUAAGGACCUAAUCAUUACGUCACCUGUGAAGGUUAGAAAUCAGUAUAAUUGA